AACACCAUGAAGACCAGACUAGGCUGCCUGUCUAACAAGUCGGACUCCUACAGUGACUUCUCCGAGUUCCUGCCUCCUGCCCAUGAAACCACCGCCAGGUGUCUGAAACUAUCAACGGAUGAGGUUGUUCGAUGGUCAGAAUCCUUUGAUCAUCUCCUCUCUCACAAAUAUGGCCUGGCUGCCUUCCGGACAUUUCUCAAGACCGAGUUCAGUGACGAGAAUAUCGAGUUUUGGAUGGCCUGCGAAGAGUACAAAAAAAUCAAGAGCUCAACCAAGCUUGUAUCAAAGGCAAACAAGAUCUUUAAGGAGUUCAUUGAUAUUCAGGCACCAAGAGAGGUAAACAUUGACUAUCGCACUAGAGAAAAGACUAAGCAGAGCCUGGAGGAUCCGUCCCCAACCAGCCUCAACGAAGUCCAAGCUAAAGUCUACAGCCUCAUGGAGAAAGACUCCUACCCACGAUUCCUUAGGUCCAAGAUGUAUCAGGAUAUGGUCAACAGGGCGCAUGCACAAGGCCAGCGGAGGUCUGUUUGACAGAGUCUGAAGACCACAGAGGACAUAAAACUGGACCUAUACUGUAAAUCCUUCAUUAACCCUUUGACAUCUCUGAAUACUGUGAAUCAGAAAGGAUGGGGCGACAUGCUUGACUGUUUCCUUUGUCUACACCAGCUCCAUGCAUGAAAUCCCUCUAGAAAAGACAUGUGUUGGUGGAUUCCACUGUACAGUACAUAGAGGGAGAUUGGAUGAGGAUAAGUCAAUUGUUUUACCUCUACAUGGUUGAGGGUGAUAUAUUAUCACAAUAAAAAUGACCAUAUCAUGUAAUAACCAUAUUUAUCACAAUAUACACCAUUUCUGCUGCUUUUUCUUUGAGAUGCAUCAGAUAAAAUCAGACAGUCACUGUGUCCUUGAAAUGAACUGGUUGAACAAAAAAGACAUUUAAUUAAACUAGAACGAUUAAAUAUAGCGAGAAACAACCAGUUCUUGAUCUAGUAAAACCAUUUUUUGUAAUUUAAAAACAGAUAUUUUACAUAUAUAAGUGUCGCUGUCGGGAUGCUCACCUUUUUAAUCUCUAGCUAAACUUUGGGAAACUCGAUUGACAUUAUUUCUCCGUACUAUUUUUGAAUCGGCCAUCACUGUUCAUACUUUACUAAACCACACUAUUCCAUAGAAGUAUAAUUGGCUGCCGAAAAGGGUAAUAAUGUUAACUGAUGAACAAGGGUAUUGGACCAAAGGUACUGAGAUGAUUUUAUUCCAUCAUCAAGAAAGAAAUAUAUUGAGAUAAAUAUCAUUAUCCUUCUAUUGCCCAGCGCUAGCUCUACUUAACUUCUGUACUUUGUGAAAUAGACACUGUCGUAUGCAGGUGACUAUACAUGUUGUGGUAGUUUGUGUUUACAACAAAGAAAGUGAGUGAACACUUUAUAUCUGAAACUGUGCCAAACUAGAUUGCACUUACAGUAUUUAGCUACAUAACCCUGUGUGUUGUAAACUCUUGCAGGUAUAUGUGACAUUAGAUGUGGAGUAUAAUGAAGGGUUGGGUUUAUUUUUGCUUUGAAUUCACGCUCUUUAGAAGGUGGAAGAAGGACUGUGCUGUAAUCCCUGUUGAACUUGUUCUGUAUCCCACAUAAAGCACAUCCUAUUGGACCAAUCCUGUGUGGCUGACCUGGAUUCUGUAGUGAAUUAUGAUUAUUCAUAUAGUCAAGGUUUGAUUAAAGCCAUGUCAUUGAACUGUCAAUUUCUUUGGGCUUCUACUGGUCAAUAUUGGCUUUAAAAAAAGUUUGACAAAAUGGGUCCUUAUUUGUAUGAUGUUUGGUCAUGAAAUAUCUUGACAAAAUAGAAAUGUAUAAUUCUAUUAAGUACUUGAGUGUUUUAUUUAACUGAAUAUUAAACCCUGGUCUCCCAAUCCUGCAAGUAGUGAACUAUAAGAAACCCCAAUCCCCCCAUAGAAUCUGUUUUGGGUUGAAAAACGUGAUUUCUUAAAUUAUUUUCAGCAUGAAUGCAACACUAAAAUAACUAUUUAGAUAUUCUUGUACAGUAUGUUAUGAAAAUGACUGCAAAAUAAAGUACUUAAAUCUAGAAUAUGUCAGUAACAUGUCAAAUGUGUUUUGAAAUGUGCUCCCUCGGCAUAUGCACUCCCUUUUUUAAAUAAGGUGAUUGAGAAGAUUUCUUGAGUAUUUUGGGAGGGACAAAGAUUUUCUUUAUUGCAUGUGUACUGUAUAGGCCACCCUGUUGGAAAUACAACAAAGCUGGCUGAACAACAUAUCACCCUAUACUGUAUGUUACUGUGUUCCACAUGAAUGUAACC